AUGGGAAACCAAAGCAGUAGAAUCAUUGACCUUCUAUUGCGUGCCCUUGAUAAUAUCUCUCAGGAAGAUUUCAAAAGGUUUAAAGACAGUUUACUGCAUUCUGACUUCAAGGGGAGAGGUAAUAUUUCCAGAUGUCGGCUGGAAAAUGCUGACAGGAUAGAUACCAAGAACCUCCUGCUGGAAUUCUAUGGCAGACAUGCUGCAGCAGAUGUGACCAUAGAAGUUUUCACUCAAAUCAAUCUCAGGGAUGCUGCUGCCAAACUCAGAGAAGAAAAAGAGAAAGAUAUGGACCUGAAACCAAAAUCAGGAGUGAACGUCAUCCCAGAAAAAGAUUACAGGGUGAAGUACAGAGAACGUAUUCUGAAACAGUACCAGUUAAUGAGAGACAGGAAUGCUCGUCUUGGUGAGAUGGUAGGACUAAACAACAGAUACACAAAGCUGAUGAUUGUUACUCAAUAUCGUCCUGAUAAGGAAAGAGAACAUGAAAUCAUUGCCAUGGGACAGACGCAUUCAAAAAUCAUGAACAAACAUGCUCAUUGUGCUGUGACAGUAGACAGACUUUUUAAGAAAGAUAAUGGUGGACGAACACCGCAGACAGUUGUGCUGCUGGGGGCUGCAGGAAUUGGAAAAACAAUGACAGUAAAAAAGAUCGUGCUAGACUGGGCAGCUGGAAAACUGUACAAGAAAAAAUUUCAUUAUGUUUUCUAUAUAAAUUGUAGGGAAAUGAAUUUCAUUCCUAAGCAAGGAAGUUUAGCUGACAUAAUUUUGAAAAGUUGUCCUAAUAAAAAUGCACCAAUUGAGCAUAUCCUGGCUAAUCCAGAAAAGCUCCUUUUCAUAAUUGAUGGGUUUGAUGAACUGAGAUUUUCCUUGGAUCAGCCUGAAAGUGAUCUGUGCUUUGAUCCCUGGGAGAAGCAGCCAGCUGAAAUCAUACUGAACAGUUUAUUUAGGAGAACAGUUCUCCCUGGAAGCUACUUGAUAAUCAUUACCAGGCCAGUUGCUCUGGAGAAGCUGAAACAGAGUUUGCAGUGUGCUCUUUAUACAGAAAUCCUGGGAUUUUCUGAAGAGGACAGGGAGGAGUAUUUUUACAGGUUCUUUGGAAAUGAAAAACAAGCCUCAGAAGCCUUCAACUUUGUAAGAGAAAAUGAAAUUCUCUUCACUAUGUGCUUUGUCCCUAUUGUGUGUUGGAUCAUCUGCACGGUUCUGAAACAACAAAUGGAGAGGGGUGAAGACCUUCUACAGACUUCAAAGACAGUCACUGGUGUAUACAUGCUUUUUCUCUUCAGUUUAGUGGACUCUUCUAGCAGCAAUUCAAGGCUUCAGAUACAAGCUCACAUGAGAAGACUUUGCUCCCUGGCUGCAGAUGGGAUGUGGGAGCAGAAGAUACUCUUUGAACAAAAUGAUAUCAAGAGGUAUGGGUUAGACCAGGCAGACUUUCUCCCCCUCUUUCUGAAUGAAAACAUUUUUCAAAGAGACCUUGGUUGUGUGAGUGCCUACAGCUUCAUUCAUUUAAGUUUCCAGGAGUUUUUUGCAGCUUUGUCCUACGUUCUGGAAGGGGAUGAGGAUACAAGGAAGGAUUUGGUGACUCCAAGAAGAGAAUUGAAUACCAUUCUAGCAUAUUAUGGGAAAUCUAGGCAUUAUUUGAUGCUAACUGUGCAAUUUUUGUUUGGUCUCUUAAAUGAGAACAGAAGGAAGGACAUAGAGGAAAAACUUGGCUGUAAAAUGUUACCAAAUCUGAAGACAGACAUAGGAACUUGGAUUAGCUCAUUUUACCCAUUAGCCAAUAACCAAAUUGAAAAUCUUGAGGCAUUGUACUGUUUGUAUGAGAGCCAAGAAGAGCAACUUGUGAAAAAUGCAUUGGUGAAUUUCAGUCAAUUAGAUAUAUGAGGAAAACAGCUGACCCAAAUGGACCAACUUGUUCUUUCUUUCUGUGUAAAAUCUUGCCCCCAAAUUAAAUCACUUCUUUUAUGUUACUGUGGAUUGAGAUUUGAAGACCAUAAGGAAGAAAAGUUCCAAAGGCUGUCGAAGCAGUUACGUCAGGAACAACAGAAGCAGUCCCCUAUUUACCUGCUCUGUCAAGCACUGAAGGCUCCAAACUGCAAAUUAGAGAAGUUAAACUUGUGGAGCUGCAAACUCACAGUUGCUUGCUGUGAAGAUCUCACUGAUGUUCUCAGAAGAAAUGACAGCCUGAGAGAACUGCAGCUGGGUGACAAUGCUCUGGGAGACUCUGGAGCGCGGGUGCUGUGUGAAGGAGCAAACCAUGCCAAAUUAGAAAGAUUGGGCUUGUGGAGGUGCAAUCUCACUGGGGCUUGCUGUGGGGAUCUCUCUGCUGUGCUCAGCACCAAGCAGAGCCUGACAGAGCUGGAGCUGGGUCACAAUGAUGUGGGGGACUCUGGAGUGCGGUGGCUGUGCGAGGGACUGAAACAUCCGAACUGCAAGUUACAGAGACUGCGGUUGUGGUGGUGCCAACUCACAGCGUCUUGCUGUGGGGAUCUGGCAGCUGUUCUCAGGAGCAACCAAAGCCUGGCAGAGCUGGAGCUGGGUGGUAAUGAACAUCUGGGAGAUGCUGGAGUGCAGCAGCUGUGUGAGGGCCUGAAGCAUCCAAACUGCAAGUUGCAGAAACUGGGACUAAGUGGUUGUGACCUCACAGCUGGCUGCUGCAGGGAGCUCUCCUCUGUUCUCAGCACCAGCCAGACCCUGACGGAGCUCAACCUGCGGGACAACCAGCUGGGACAUUCAGGAGUGCAGCUGUUGUGUGAGGGGCUGCAACAUCCUGACUGCAAAUUGCGGAGGUUGCGGUGAGUGAAGGCUAUGUCCCUUUAUUGUCUCUUUAACAUAGGCUCUGGGAAAGCAUGAUGUUUAAUCACUGUAAAGGCAGAGGAGGUGCCACUAGGGAAUGUGCAUCACCUGCUACAUUGCAACUGGUAUCUUCAGACUCAUAUAGCAAUGCAAGCAAGUUGUAUCACUGUAGAGGAACCAUUGUAAAAUUCCAGUGUUUUUGCUACAUGUGUAUUCUUGCUGGAGCAUGCAGACAUAACAGUUACAGUGUAAUAGCUUAUAUACAUAUUAUUUGAUUUUAAUGCACUAAUUGCAUCAGUCUAUGACUAAUGUCACGAUGCAUUUCUUUUUAUUAGAAACAGUCCUAUAGGCAAUGAAGCACAGAGAUUGCUUCUCAUUUCUCUUGCCCUACCUUGCUAGUAGGUUGCAUUUUUCUCAUUAAGAGGCUGAAUAUUGUAGUAAGGGACUUUCAGCUCAGUCUGCAGCCAGUUCAGUUUCAAGACAGAUUCUUUAAGCUGCUACCAACCUGGACUCACUUCUGGCACCCAAGAGCUCCGUGAGUGUGAGCUUGCAUUAUUUUGGUCUGUAGUGCCUGUUGGGGUGUGCCUACACCCUGGAAUCCCUCAUGCCCCACUUGCCCCCAGGGCUUUAUGGACAAAGGUUGGGGAUGGACAUCGAGCAGGACAGCUGUGGAAUCCUGUGACUCUGCAAACACCCUCAUAGACACAGGCAGCUGUGAGUGAGCUGUCCUGCCAAUACAGAAAUUCUUCAGGCAAAUGUUGUCUGCCAUCCUCCCUCUGUGAGUUUAGGUGGCUGCUAUGAGGGCACCUAAUCUCCUAUUUGCCCAUCUAGUUAAUUAACACAGUUAGGGGAAGGAUGGGCCACAGGGGGUAGAAGUGGGUUACUAUGGAGUAACCCUCUCUUUCAAACAGCACCAUGGGCUGACCUGGAGGUCUGGCUCUGGCUCUCUACACUGAUUGUAAGUAAGCAAGCAAACCCAGUUCUCCUCAUCUGAUCAUAUAUAUCAGCAUUCCUCACUCUUUUGCCCCUACCCUCCACCCCUCAUCAGGAUGCACACCAGUCUGUAGGCUGGAUUGGGUUUUGGGGGCUCAGCACUGCCCCCUGAUACCCCACAUGCACUGGGCCUGGGUCCCAGGGACCCAACGCUGCCCCCACCAGGAUUGGGCCCUGGAACCCAGUGUGGACCCUGCCAGACCCUGCUUGCUGGGACUAGGCACCCCAUCCAGCAAACAGGGCCUGGAAAUUUGGCAGCAGAGGAGCAGUGCCACCACUCCCCCCUGCCAAAUUUCCAGACCCAUAGAGAGACCCACAGGUCAAAAGACACAGCACCACAGGCUGGGGAUUGAGCACCUCAAACACAGGAAGAAGUGAAAGGUCAACGUAUCUCCCACAGCUGGGAGCAAGCCAGGCCUCCCUGCCUGCAUUUCAGAAGCCACUUUAGGCCAUGUCUGCUGCAGCACAACAGCUGCUGCAAACUCAGCCCCCUCAGGGAGUGGGUUCCUGAUAGCUCUGCAAGGAAGUGGCCUAAGGAGUAUGUGCAGCAGUGCGGUCCUGCUGCCUCUGGGCAGGGAGUCCUCAAGCUGGAUGGUGCCAUCCCAGCCCUCUCUGAGCACUGAGGAGCCCCAUGGAGAUCAGUGGGGUGUUUGUAUAAGUGCUCACCCUCAUCAGUGAGGGCUACAUAGUGCAGCUUGGUCUGUGAAGACAGGAUAUUAGUCAGAUGUGGCCAGAGCUCCCUGGGUGCGUGGGUUGAGGAGGGAGCAGAAAAGACCUAUAGCCUGGACCAGCCCUUGUCCACCCUAUGCAAGUUAAAAACUCCUGCUGGCAGUGAGACUGGCAGGCAGGGGAUGAAGGUGAUAGAUAUGUCUGGGACACUGGCAGCAGCUGGUAUGUUGGAAAGAAGUUAGGUGCAGAUUCUGUACUGUUGUCCUCUCCCUAUACAGCACCCAGCACACAGGGGCCCUGGCCUGUGACCAGGGCUUCAAGAAUCAUCCAUAGGACAAGUAGUGUAACAAUACAAACCACCAUGGUACUUAAGGGAUCAGGGUCUCAGGGGUGAUCUACUGGUACAAGUAACACUUUCUUUUUGUUUCCUAUGGUCCUGCAAAGGCUGAGCUGUGACACUUUUAAAGAAGAAACGAGGACAGAGCUGGGUGCUGUGAAAGAGAUAAAGGCCCAUCUGGUCAUAGAGUCGAACUAGUAAGCAGGAGCCCUUGCUCCAACAUGCCUUGGCCCACCUGCCCUGCCACUUCCUAGGAGAGCAGCAAGGGCUGGCAGAGGGACGCACCUGCACAUUGAAGAGAGGACCGUCCCACUACCAGGCCCUUCAGAAGCAUAUUCCAGCAUGUGUGAUGGGGGUUGGGGAAAGACUUUGGGACUAUCCCUUCUGCAGGAGCAGCUGUUUUUAUGUCUUAUAUGACCUGAACUUGGAAGGAGACAGUUGGUUUGUUGAAAGGAGCAAGAAGGAGACAUGGGAUCCGCAUACAAAGGAAGGAGAGGACCACAAGAUGGAGGGGUCUGGGAACUGUGCUUCUUCUGUCCCUGUCAGGGCAAAAGAGAGACCCAAAUAUCCCAUCCCCAGACCAGUGGGGAAUUUCUGUACUGCCAUCACAGCUCACUCACAGUUGUCUCUCUAUCUAUGAGAGUGUUUGCAGUGUUACAGGCUUUUGUCAGUUUUUCUGAAAUUGAAUAAAGACUAAGA